UCAUAUUAUCACAGAACAGGGAUUGAAACCAGAUCCAUCAAAAAUUCUGAGUGUAAAGAAUUUUCCAGAACCAAAAAACCAAAAACAAUUGAAAAGUUUUUUAGGUCUGUCAGGGUAUUACCGUAGAUUUAUAAAAAAUUAUGGUAAGAUCGCAAAACCGUUAACCACAUUGUUGAAAAGCGAUACACUAUAUGAUUGGACAGAUCUUUGUCAACAGGCAUUUAUAACAUUAAAAGAUGCAUUGGUGAGUGAACCUAUUCUUAGUUAUCCAGAUUUCGAUAAACCAUUUAAUGUAACAUGCGAUGCAAGUAACUUUGCAAUUGGAUCAGUUCUUUCACAAGGUAAAAUAGGGGAAGAUUUACCAAUCGUAUACUCAUCAAGGGUACUGAAUAAAGCAGAGCAAAAUUAUGGUACGACAGAAAAGGAGUUGUUAGCUAUCGUAUGGAGCUUAAAACAAUUAAGACCAUAUUUACUGGGAAGAAAAUUCUAUAUAUUGACAGAUCAUCAGCCUCUCAGAUGGUUGGUUAAUCACAAGAAUCCAGGAUCAAGGUUAAUGCAUUGGAGAUUAGCAAUGGAGGAAUACGAGUACGAAAUUAUUUAUAAACCAGGUUUAUUAAAUACUAAUGCUGACGCUCUCAGUAGAAUACCACAAAUUAUGCAAAUAGAAGGGGAACAAGUAGUAAGCAGUACAACAUAUAAUGAAUAUAUGGAGUAUAUUAAGACAAAUAUAGUCCAAAACUUAAAUAUUAUAGAAAUAGCAGGUGAUAUUUUUGAAGACGAACAUUCGCAUCUCGUACAUUAUGUAUCACGGGAAUUGACGUUAAAGGAAGGAUUGGCACUGGAAUUCCGAAGACGAUUCGGGAAUCUGGAAAGUAAUCAAAAUAAAAAAGUUACAGAUUUAGUAUAUUUAAAAAAAAGUAACCGUUAUAUAAUAUAUAUGAUUUUAUCGGAGAAAGGAAAAAGUCCAAUUACUUACGAAAAUAUGUAUAAUUGUCUACAGAAUUUAAAAACAUUUUGUUUAAACAAUCAAAUUGCAGAUUUAGCAGUAUCAAAAACAGGUGAUCAAAUUUUUCAGCUCGAUUGGGCAACAGUAAGAAUAAUGAUAAGAUAUUUGUUUAAAGGCACUAGUAUAAAAAUCAAAAUAUUUACACCGAAUGAACUUACGGAUCAGGAAAAAAGAACUAUUAUAAAGGAAAUGCACGAGAGUCCUUUGGCAGGACACAGAGGGAUUUCAAAUACAAUAAAAAAGAUUAAAAAACAGUAUAAUUGGCCAAGAAUGGCAAGAGAAGUAACAGAUUAUGUACAAAAAUGUCAAUCAUGUCAAAAGAAUAAAACUUCGAAUAAGCAUACAAAGCAACCGAUGGUUAUCACUUCCACGGCAGACAAACCAUUCCAAAAAGUAUUUAUGGACAUAGUAGGACCACUUCCUGUUACACACAAAGGAAACAAAUAUGUACUUACAAUGCAAGAUGAUUUAACAAAAUUUAGUAUUGCGACACCUAUGGUAUGCCAUGAAGCUAAUACUGUAGCGCAUAGUUUUGUGAACUCAUUUGUUUGUAUACAUGGAAUUCCAGAAUCAAUAGUAUCUGAUUAGGGAACAGAGUUUUUAAGUAAAAUUUUUUCAGAAGUAUGUAAGCUAUUAAAAAUUUCUAAAUUCAACACAACACCGUAUAGACCACAAAGUAAUGGAGCAUUAGAGAGAAGUCAUUCAACAUUAGGGAAUUAUUUGCGACAUUAUGUCGACAAAGAUUUAGCAAAUUGGGAUGAAUUUAUUCCAUAUGCAAUGUAUGUAUAUAAUACAACAGAGCAUGAAACAACAAAAUUCCAACCGUAUGAACUACUGUAUGGAUUUCCAGGGAAAAUACCUACAUCGUUAAAGAAAACACCUGAACCAAGAUACAAUUAUGAAGAUUAUAAUUAUGAGAUUAAGCAAAAAUUUCAACAGUCUUAUGAAAUUGCAAAACAACGUAUAGUGAAUACAAAAGAAAAUACAAAAGGUCGAUAUGAUAAUAAGGUUAAUCCACUUAGGUUAAAAAUAAAUGACAAAGUAUGGCUUAUGGAAAAACAACAAAAAAAUAAAUUAGCACAAAAAUGGUUAGGUCCGUAUGUAAUAGCAGAAAUAAAUAAUAAUGAAAAUGUAACAAUCAUUAGAGGAAAAAAAUUAGUUAAAGUACAUAGAAAUCUAUUAAAACUAUGUAAUCAAUAAAAUAAAAAUAAGUAGUAAACCAAUGAUAUCUUAUUAUUACAGGAUAUUAAUCAUACAACCUAUCAUGGCAACAAAUUUAACAGAAAAUUAUCGAAUAAAGGAAAUUGAAUCACCAUCAGGAAUUUUUUUUAAUCAUUUGACAAAAAUAAAAACAACAAAUUCAAAGUGGAAAUUAUCAGUCUAUGUGAAUUUAACCACGUAUGAUGGUAAUUUUGAACGAAUUAAGAAAUUUCAAAAGGAAACAAUAAAACAUUGUUUAAAAAUUGCAAAAAACACAGAAAUAGUUCCAAUAGAACACUUUGUAAUUUGGUCGUAUUUAUGCGAGCAAUUUAAUACAACAACAACAUCAUAUAUCCAUGAUAUAGAGAAAACUCGACAACAGAUAAACUAUGCCGUUAGUAGAAACGAACGCUAUAGAAGAGGAUUGAUAAACGGAAUUGGUAGAUUAUCAAAAACAUUAUUUGGAAUAUGUUCGGACGAAGAUUAUGAAUUUUUUGAUAAGAAAAUAAGUGAAAUAAGCGAAAAACAAAUUAGGGUUAUUCACGAUAUGCGACAGCAAACGCGAAUAGUACAGUCAACAGUACAUGAUGUAGACCGAGCAAUGGUGAAGAUACAACAAACUGAAACAGCGAUAAUAAGUAAUAUAAACAAGUUGGAAAGUAAAGCAAACCAAGUAGGUAAAUUGAUUAAUGAAAUGGAAGUUAGACAAAUAAUGAAUGAACAAACUGAGGAAUUAAAUGUUUUGUUAACACAACAUUCAUUCCAAACUCACAAUCUAGUAGCAAUAGUAAAUACAGCACAAGUAGGUCAUAUGCAUUCUAGCAUUAUUUCGGCGACAGAUUUUUUAGCAGAGUUACAACAAGUGAGAAUACAAUUAGAUUCGAGAGAGAACUUCGCUGAACAAGUCACAAUACAGAAUGUACAUAAGUUAAUGAAAAUGAGUAACUUACAAGUAAUAAGAGUAGCAGAUACAUUGAUAUUCAUAAUAGCCAUUCCGAAAGUCGAUACAAGGGAAUACCGCCUAUACAAAUCAAUACCAUUGCCUAUAAAACAGAAAAAGUCAGUUUAUGCGUUAAUUCAACCAACGAAUAAAUACUUGGCCAUGUCAGAGGAUAAUGUGUAUUCAAUAUACAUAGAUGACAUAGAGUUAAGCAAAUGCAUACAUAUGCAAGAAUAUUAUAUUUGUUCGAACACUCAGACGCACUAUAUUCAAGAAACGGACAAUUGUGAAGCGAAAUUAUUUAGUAGUCAGGAUAAAGAUGUAAUUCCAAAAGCAUGUGAAAUAAAAAUUACACGUAUUCAAAAAUUAGUGAUACACAAGUUAGAUAACGAAAAUGUUUGGUUGUACACGGCAGAACAACCAACGACAAUCAACAUUGAUUGUGCGAGUGGAGAGCCAGUGUUGCAAACCUUGCAAAACACAGGUACAAUCUCUCUCACGUAUCCGUGUCGUGCGAUAACAAAAGAGUAUGAGCUAACCCCCACCAGAUCAAUAGUAACGAAAACAUCGUAUGAUUUCAUUCCGAGAGUGAACAUAACGGCUAAUAUGAAACAAUAUCAAACUAAUAAGAUACAGGAUGAUUUUCCAAAAAUAAAUAAUUCAUAUUAUCCCGAUUUUCAUUCAUUAGCAAAUAACGCAAAACAAUUAGAUUUAUUAUUACAGUCACAAAUAGAUGAUAGUAUAGAAUAUGUAACUGUAUCUAAUAUAACAUACGUAACAGUAGGAAUAGGUAUAGGUAUAUUAGUGUUAAUAACUGUAAUAAGUAAGAUAAGUUUUAAACUGUACAAACAAAAUAAAGUGUCAAUGAGUUAUAUAAAAGCAUUGGUCAAUACAAAAACAGUAGACGACAUACAAUGCGUAGAAAUUAAGUAG